GCUCAGGUUACACACUGCUGAUUAUGUCCCAUUACCCAAUCCUAUGGCCGUCUCUCUCCCUCUCUCUCUGCCCCAUCGCCAACUCUCAAUCCUCUUUGCAAAAACCAUUUACAUUUAACCCUCUUUUUUUUAAUCGAGGGGGCGGGGGAAGUUAUUUUUGGAUUUUUUAUUUUUGUUUUUGCACCCCUUCAAAGUAAAAAUGUUGGUGCUUUUGCACGGGCCAGCUGACUUCAGGAGGUGCUGCAGAGAUGGACUGGGUUUGAUGCAUGCGAGAAAGAGCAGGGCAGUGCGAAUGCAGCCCAGGACAUUUGUGAUUGUGUGGUGCUUGCUCAGGCUGGCCGGAGGCGCCAAUCUACCCAGAGGGAAGCUCUCCUACCCCGGCGCCUGUCCCAACCAGCUGAACCCUAACCUGUGGGUUGAUGCCCAGAGCACUUGCGAGAGGGAAUGCAACGCCGACGAGGACUGCCAGAGCUUUGAGAAGUGCUGCAGGAACGUGUGCGGGCUGAAGAGCUGCGUGGCGGCCCGGUUUGCCGACGGCAGCCUGGCGUCCUCGGCCCUCCCCCGAGAGGCGACGUGCGAGAGGGUGGUGUGCACGCAGCAAGGCUCGGAGUGCGACAUCUGGGACGGGCAGCCGGUGUGCAAGUGCAGGGACCGGUGCGAGAAGGAGCCCAACUUCACCUGUGCCUCGGACGGCCUGACCUACUACAACAGGUGCUACAUGGACGCCGAGGCCUGUAUCCGGGGCAUCAGCCUGGCCGUGGUGACCUGCCGCUACCACAUCACCUGGCCCAACACCAGCCCCCAGCCCCUGGAGACCACGGCCAACCCCACCUCCACUAGCUGGCUGGAGGACUCAGUGCCACCGGCCCUCUACACCAACCCCUUCCAUCAGUCGGUGUACGUGGGGGGCACGGUCAGCUUCCACUGCGACGUGAGCGGCCGCCCCAGGCCGGACAUCACAUGGGAGAAGCAGAGCGACCACCUGGAGAACAUCAUCAUGAGGCCCGACCAGAUGUACGCCAACCUGGUGGUCACCAACAUCGGGCAGCUGGUCAUCUACAGUGUCCAGCAGGACGAUGCCGGCAUCUACACCUGCACGGCCAGGAACGCUGCCGGGCUGCUGAGGGCCGACUUCCCGCUCUCUGUCAUCCGGCGGGGACACUCCGGUGAGACGGCGGUGGCGGGCGGCGGUGUGCGGCCGGUGCCCUCAGCCGAGUGCUUCAAGGAUCCGGACAAGAGGCAGUGCGGGCGGCAGCAAGUGCGCUGGUUCUACGACCACAAGAGAACCACCUGCUCCACCUUCGGGUGGGGGGGCUGCGAGGGCGGCGGGAACCAGUUCGAGACGUACGAGGAGUGCCGGGCGUCGUGCGCCAACGAGACGGUCAACAUCUGCACCUUCCCCGCCGUGCAGGGGCCCUGCAAGCUGUGGGAGGCGCGCUGGGCCUACAACUCGCUGAUGAAGCAGUGCCACGCCUUUGUCUACAGCGGCUGCGAGGGCAACAAGAACAACUUUGAGAGCAGGGAGGUGUGCGAGGAGACCUGCCCCUUCCCCAAGUACCAGCAGUGCAAGGCCUGCAAGCCCCGUCACAAGAUCGUGCCCAGCUUCUGCAGGAGCGACUACGCCAUCGUGGGCAGGGUGACGGAGAUCGUGGAGGAGCAGGACUCCGGCGUGGCCCGCUUCACCCUCGACCAGGUGCUGAAGGACGAGAAGAUGGGCCUGAAGUUCUUCGACUUCAAGCACCUGGAGGUGAUCAUGUUGAACAUGGACUGGAGCUGCCCCUGCCCCAACAUCACGCUGAGCGACGGGCCCCUCCUGAUCAUGGGCGAUGUCCACGACGGCAUGGCGGUGUUGGGGGCAGAGAGCUACGUCCGGACCAUCAGUGACAAGCGGGUGAAAAAGCUGCACGAAAUCAUUGAGAAAAAGACCUGUGAACUGCUGCAUCGCUUCCAGGACUGAACUGGGCAAGCGUACAGCGGGGGUUCCAUGCCAUUGUGUUACUGCUCAUUAUAUCAUGUUAUUCCAAGUAUAUGAACGUUGGUAAAUGUUCUUGUAUUUUUAUUUA